AUGGCCUGGAGUUUCCGUGGGAAAGCCCAGCUUGGGGGACUGCUCCUCUCUCUGCUUGGCUGGGUCUGUUCAUGUGUCACCACCAUCCUGCCCCAAUGGAAAACUCUCAGUCUGGAGCUGAACGAAAUGGAGACCUGCAUCAUAGGACUUUGGGAGGUCUGCAUAGAUCAGGAGGAAGUUGCCACUGUGUGUAAGGCCUUUGAGUCCUUCUCGUCUCUGCCCCUGGAGCUCCAGGCAUCCCGCAUCCUCAUGGUAGCCUCCCGUGGGCUGGGACUACUGGGGCUUCUGCUCUCUGGUUUUGGGGCCCAAUGCUUCCAGUCAAGGAUCAGAUGGGUAUUCCAGAGGUGGCUUUGCCUCCUGGGAGGGACUUUGGAGGCAUCAGCUUUGGCCACUCCCCUCUUUCCAGUCUCCUGGGCGGCCUGCGCCACAAUCCAAGACUUCUGGGAUGACAGCGUCCCUGAGAUUGUGCCUUGGUGGGAGUUUGGAGAUGCCCUCUAGCUGGGCUGGGCUGCUGGUGUUUUCCUGGCCCUUGGUGGGUUACUCCUUAUCUCCUCGGCCUGCCUGGGAAAAGAAGAUGUGCCCUCUGUGCAGAUGGCUGUCCCUACAGCAGCCCCACCAUCCUGUGCUCCAGCGGAGAAGUUCGAUCGCUCGUUCCACCUAAUGCCAAGACCUAGGAUCCUGUUCAUCUAG